CAAUUAAUCUAUUUUGGUACUCAGUGAUUCCUAAUUUUUAAAGAUUAAAAUUUUAAGUACUAGCGACAGCUAAGACAUACUGGAAAAUUUGGUGGAUUAAGAGAUUCAGACCAAUAGAUACUGCCAACUGUUCAAUAAUAUCAGUAAAUUAAAGUUGACAAAUAUGUCAGUAUCCAAUGAUAAUAGUAACAAUUAUAGCAAUACUUGUGUUGUUUGUUACAAAAAUGUUGAGUACUAUAGUAUUGGCAUGUGCGAGCAUCCUGUUUGCUUUGAGUGCAGUACUCGUAUGAGAGUAUUAUGUCAACAAAAUGAAUGUCCCAUAUGUAGGCAGGACCUGCCAAAGGUAGUAUUUACAAAAGAGAUCAAAGCUUUCCGUUUUUUAAAGAAGGGAAAUUUAUUGGAUAUAAAGUACAAUAUAUAUUUUGAUAAUGCUGAAAUUCAAAACAAAUUUCUCAUACUAUUGGCACAUACUUGUACUAUUUGUGCCAAUCAAGUCUUCGGUUCAUUUACCAAUCUUCAGGAUCACAUGAAAAGGAAGCACGACCUACAUUAUUGCCAACUCUGUGCUGAUAAUCUGAAAAUCUUCUCGUACGAGCGCCGUUGCUACACGAGGGCAGAACUGUCGAAGCAUCAAAGCAAAGGCGACCAGGAUGACAAGAGCCACAAGGGCCAUCCUCUAUGCGAGUUUUGCGAUCAACGUUACAUGGACGUCGACGAGCUGUACAGACACCUCCGACGUGACCACCUCUUUUGCCACUUUUGCGACGCGGACGGCUUCCAUCAGUACUACAACUCUUAUGACUAUUUGCGCAAGCACUUUCAGACGGAGCACCACCUUUGCGAGGAGGGCAGUUGCAUUAGCGAGCCAUUGACGAGCGUCUUCCGCACGGACAUCGACCUUAGGGCCCACAAGGCUAAAAAACAUGGGAAACAACUCGGCAAAGCCGCGGCCAAGCAGGCGCGUACCCUCGAACUCGAAUUCACCCUCGCGCCCCGGGGCGAUCUUAGGGGCAGGAGGGGACCGCCAGGCGCAACGAGGGGCUCACGGGAUCACGGGGGCUACCAUCAGCCUCAUCAGCAAUUGGAGGUUGAGCCAGCGAUAGAAAAGCCAGUAUUUACCCGACAGCCCCUCGUAGAUGUUCAGUCGACCCAGGAGUUCCCGCGAUUGGGUAAUGUCGAGUCCUCACCAUGCCCGGCGCCGGGUCCCGGUCAAUCCAAAACCCGAGGUAAUCUUACCAUAUGCAGCACCUUGCGCAAGGGCAAUUACGACGAGAACUUCCCGGCGUUGGGACCCGAGUCCGCAGCCGCACCCCCGAGCUUGCCCAAGUCUUUCAAUGUGAGCGUAUCGAGCACGAAUAAGGCCGCGAGAUCGACUUUCGCUAAGCCGGCCACCACCGCCGCACCCGAUCUCUCCAUCCAUGUUAAUCGCAGGCCGAACGGUAUGGUGAUGACGCGCUUGAGCGGAAGCUCGAGCCUUCGCAUAAAACCCGGGCCUUCCCGUGACUCGGACUUUCCGGCUUUGGGACAAGGUAGCACGGGAUCAGCCGCGGAUCCUUCUACGCGAACCUGGACGAAGAUUACGUGUGUAAAGCCAACGACAACUCAAGUCAAGAAGGUCGCACCGGCCCCGCUCACUACCUCACCCCCUCCUCUACGUUCUGGCCAGGAUUACCCGAGCUUGGCGAAGCCGACCAAGGGCCAAGGCAAGGGUAAGGAAACGACAGCUCCGAACGGCUCUCCCUCCCCUUGGCUUCAGGUUCACACAACGGACUCGAGCGACAAAUUCGCAACGAUAACGGCGGACGCGACAAAAGGCAAAGCUAAGAAGAAAAAAAUGAAGCAACAGCAGCAACAGCAGCAGCAGCAGCAACAUAACAGUCUUACGAACAACGAAUCGACUAGCCACGUCCACGACGUAAACCGAAAAGCCGAGCAGAGAAGUCCAUCUAAGGAUACGGAACAAGAAUCGAGUACGGUUGCACCUGUGACAAUACCACGCAAGCGCUCGGAAUUAAAGAUCGAGAAUCUCAAUACGAAGAACAACAACUUAAGCACUAAAGUAAAAACCAGUGACAGUACUCGGGCCAAUAACUUUCCGGUAUUAAGUCGAAGUGGUAAUCGACCCCCGGGUCUCGGGAGUCCGCCUCCGGGUUUCGGCGGCUCGACGACUGCAACUACACCGGCAACGCCGCCUCCGGGUUUUCUCAGCCGUCUCAAUGGCCUCACCUUCACCAACAGUUCCGGCGAGAACUACACCAUUGUACCUGAUGAAACGGACCAACCGCAUCGCUGCUACACUUAUCAGCAGCCCGAUAACUUUCAGCGACGUAAUCAGAGCCUCAUGGCCAAGUUCAAUGACUGCCUUGGUCCCGAUGACGGCGAAGACUUUAAAGCUUUUCGCUAUCUUAGUCGACUAUAUCGCUCCGGCAUUUACAAUGCUGCCACGUAUUACAAGCAAUGCCGUACGGUGAUGGGCGUAGGAUCGUUCAAGCGGCUAUUCCCGGAACUCCUGGCAUUGCUCCCGGACAUUGAUAAGCAACGCGAGCUCUUCGAAGUCCACAAAAACGAGGCGUCUGCGGACGACGUGUUCAUGGCCGACCUCAUCGAGUGCCCUAAGUGUGGCCAAAUUCUCCACAAAGUCGAUCUCCAUUCCCAUGCCACUAGUCACAGUAUCGAGAACCAUUUUCCGGUGCUUGGCAAGAAUAGCCCUGCGAGUAACCACGUCUUGCCCAAGAAUUAAUCCUUUCACUCCAACGCAGCUAUCUCCCAUUCAAGAUAUCAGAGAGCACUGCGGAGGUAUGUUGUUAAAGGGCAUGCGCGAUUUAAGAUUGAGAAUCAACGGUGGCUUCUCUUCUUUCUUUAUCAUUCGAUAGGAAGUUUAAAGUCACGUCCAUUGCGUGUCAAGCUAAAGAGGGGCAACCCGAAUGUAUAUAACAGCAACACUAGCAACCACAACAAGAGCAGCA